GCUUUGCUUUCAGCUCCCGCCCCGCUCCGCCAUCGUGAAGUCCUGAACAAAAAACGGACGAGGCUCGAGCAAAAAUGGGGCCAACACGAACCCGGAGAUGAAAUACACGGGCAGCACUGACGUAAUGACAGCACACAGCGGAGCGGAUCCGUGGCGAUUAACGAGUCGGUUUCCCCGUGAAAACGUCCCGGGUGGCUCCUGGCGUGACGUUAUUUAAGUUAGCCGCGCUGCUAACGGCAGCCAGAGCUAGCUUCUGGUUUUCCUCUGGAAGACCGCUCUGACACGAAGCUAGCUGGCUAGCUAGCUGGCUAGCAGGCGUCAGUCGGCUAGCUGUCACUUUAAUCGACCGCCUCUCUACUUAAUGUCAAGUCCUGCAGACCUGCCGGCUGUCCGAUUGACUGGGAGCACCAGGAUGGAGAGGACUUUAAGUAAACGCAUCGACGGGCAGAAUGCGGUUUGCUCGUGUUGAAUAGUCGCCAAGUGCCGAGGAAAGGGGGAGUGAGACCAAUAUUUUUCCUGCCAGGCCGGUCAGCUAGCUCUUGAGCUAGCUGCAGUGGAUCCAGUAAGCCACGGCGCUGGCCAUGCCCUCGAGUGUGCGGGCCGGGAGCCUGAAGGACCCGGAGGUGGCUGAGCUUUUCUUCAGGGAGGACCCCGAGAAGCUCUUCACGGACCUCAGGGAGAUUGGCCAUGGGAGCUUCGGAGCGGUCUACUUCGCCCAUGACAUCCGCACCAAUGAGGUGGUGGCCAUCAAGAAGAUGUCCUAUAGUGGCAAACAGUCCAACGAGAAGUGGCAGGACAUCAUCAAGGAAGUGAAGUUCCUCCAGAAGCUGCGCCACCCCAACACCGUGGAGUACCAUGGCUGCUACCUGAGAGAGCAUACCGCUUGGCUGGUGAUGGAGUACUGCUUGGGUUCAGCUUCUGACCUCUUAGAAGUCCACAAGAAACCCCUGCAGGAAGUGGAAAUAGCCGCCAUAACCCAUGGUGCAUUGCAGGGAUUGGGGUAUCUUCACUCUCACAACAUGAUUCACAGGGACGUGAAGGCAGGAAACAUCUUGCUAACCGAGCCGGGUCAGGUCAAACUGGGAGAUUUCGGCUCCGCCUCCAUCGUCGCCCCGGCCAACUCCUUCGUAGGAACACCUUACUGGAUGGCCCCCGAGGUGAUUCUCGCCAUGGACGAGGGUCAGUACGACGGGAAGGUGGAUGUGUGGUCACUUGGCAUCACCUGCAUAGAGCUGGCGGAAAGGAAGCCUCCUCUGUUUAACAUGAAUGCUAUGAGUGCCUUAUACCACAUCGCCCAGAAUGAGAGCCCCGUGCUGCAGUCUAAUCACUGGUCGGACUAUUUUCGGAAUUUUGUGGACUCGUGUUUACAGAAGAUCGCGCAGGACAGACCUACCUCUGAUGUGCUGCUGAAGCACCAUUUCCUAUGCAGAGAGCGUCCCAUGACUGCUGUGAUGGACCUGAUCGCACGCACCAAGGAUGCUGUCCGCGAGCUGGACAACCUUCAGUACCGGAAGAUGAAGAAAAUCCUUUUCCACGAAGCCCUCAACGGCCCCGCCCCAGAAGGAGGAGAUGAGGAAGAGGAUGCGGAGCAGUACAUGCUGCGCACCGGCACCGUCAACAGCAUGGAGAGCUCCCACUCGCUGCCCUCCAUGUCCAUCAGUGCCAGCUCCCAGAGCAGCUCGGUCAACAGCCUGGCAGACGGCUCCGACGACAGCGGCGAGAUGGCCAUGAUGCAGGAGGGGGAGCACACCGUCACCUCCAACAGCUCCGUGCUGCACAAGCCCCUGAGCCAUGACAACAUCUACGAUGACCCAUAUCAGCCAGAGGUUGACCCACAGCGAGGAGCUUUAUCUGCUGCCGCUGGUGGAGGAGGAGGAGGAGGAGGAGGAGGCGGCGGCGGAGGGGGGGGGAGAGAAGGUGGUGGAGGUGGAGAGAGAAGGCGGCGUCGAGGCAGAGACCAUUUUGCCACCAUCAGGACGGCCUCGCUGGUCACGCGUCAGAUCCAGGAGCACGAGCAAGGCUCCGCCCUCAGAGAGCAGAUGUCAGGGUACAAGCGGAUGCGGCGGCAGCACCAGAAGCAGCUGAUGGGCUUGGAGAACAAGCUGAAGGCUGAGAUGGAUGAGCACCAGCUGAGGCUGGACAAAGAGCUGGAGAAUCAGAGGAACAGCUUCUCCAUGGAGGGAGAAAAGUUCUCCAAGAAGCACCAGGUUAUCCUGGAGAAGGAGACGAAGGCCGUCCUGACUGAGGAGAAGAAGUUUCAGCAGCACAUACUGGGCCAACAAAAGAAGGAGCUAACGGGGCUCCUCGAGUCCCAGAAGCGGCAGUAUCGACAGCGCAAGGAGCAGCUCAAAGAGGAACUAAAUGAGAACCAGUCAACACCAAAGCGAGAGAAACAAGAGUGGUUGGUGCAUCAGAAGGAGUGUCUGCAGCAGCUGCAGGCGGAGGAGGAGGCAGGCCUGCUGCGGAGGCAGAGGCAGUAUUAUGAGCUGCAAUGUCGCCAGUACAAGAGGAAGAUGCUGCUGGCCCGCCACAACCUAGAGCAGGACCUGCUCCGAGAGGAGCUGAACAAGAAGCAGACCCUGAAGGACUUGGAGUGCGCGAUGCUCCUCCGGCACCACGAGUCCACCCAGGAGCUGGAGUUCCGCCAGCUGGGGCUGGUGCAGCGCACGCGGGCCGACCUGAUCCGCACGCAGCACCAGACGGAGCUCACCAACCAGAUGGAGUACAACAAGCGCCGCGAGCAGGAGCUGCGGCAGAAACACGCCGUGGAGGUCCGCCAACAGCCCAAGAGCCUCAAAUCCAAAGAGCUGCAGAUCAAGCGCCAGUUCCAGGACACGUGUAAGAUCCAGACCCGCCAGUACAAGGCGCUGCGCAACCACCUGCUGGAGAACACGCCCAAGUCGGACCACAAGGCCGUGCUGAAGCGCCUGAAGGACGAGCAGACUCGCAAGCUGGCCAUCCUGGCCGAGCAGUACGACCACUCCAUCAACGACAUGCUGUCCACACAGGCUCUGCGAUUGGACGAGACCCAGGAAGCGGAGUACAAAGUGCUGCGGAUGCAGCUGCAGCAGGAGCUGGAGCUGCUCAACGCCUACCAGAGCAAGAUCAAGAUCCACACCGACACGCAGCACGACCGAGAGGUCAAGGACCUGGAGCAGAGGGUGUCCAUCCGCCGCGCCCUGCUGGAGCAGAGGAUCGAAGAGGAGAUGCUGUCCCUGCAGAACGAGCGCUCCGAGCGCAUCCGCACCCUCCUGGAGCGGCAGGCCAGCGAGAUCGAGUCCUUCGACUCGGAGAGCCUGCGCCUGGGCUUCAGCAACAUGGCGCUGACGGGCAUCCCCAGCGAGGCCUACCCCAUGCAGGCCUACUCCGGCGCCCCGCCCCCCCCGUCCGCCGCCCGCUCCGCCGGCCACUGGAGCCACGGCGUGCACCCGCAGAGCAUGCUGCCGCCGCCGCCGCCGCCGCACUCCCGCCGCAGCCACAACCACAGCGGCGGCAGCAGCAGCAGCGGCGUCAGCAGCGCGGCGGGGGACCGCAGGAGCGAGUCCUCCUCCUCCUCCUCCUCCUCCUGCCACCCGCUGGGGAUGGCCCUGGGGCUGGGGCGAGACGGGAGGGAGGCGCACCACUCGUCCCGCUCCUCGGCCUCCUCUUCGUCCUCGUCCUCGUCCUCCUCCUCGCACCACCAGCGCCACCACCUGCCGCAGCACUACCACCACCAGAGCACGCCGCAGCUGUACCGCGAGCGGGAGCGGGACCGGGAGAGGGAGCGGGAGAAGGAGCGGGAGCGGGAGUGGGCCGGAGUGCGAGGCUCCGGCGGCGACCUGGCCCACCCACACCCCCUGCCCUUCUCCCAUCACCUGCCCUCGCGCUCCUCCUCUCAGUCCCUGGCCAUGCUGCCGCCGCCGCCGCCCGCGCCUCCGUCCGUCUCCGGCCCCUCGUCCUCCUCCUCGUCCUCGUCCUCCUCGCAGGGGGGCGGGGUCUACUCCGGCGGCGGGCUGGGCGUGCGCGCCGCCCCCGGCUUGAUGGCGCUGCGGAACAGCCCCCAGCCCCUGAGGAGGACGGCGUCCGGCGGGGGGCCCGGAGGAGCCGGGGGCAGCGACGGCGUCCUGAGCCGGAGCACCUCCGUCACCUCGCACAUCUCCAACGGCUCCCACCUCUCCUACUCUUAG